AUGGAGGCAUUUCGACAUCACGAUACUUGGUCCUCGUACUGGCAAUACGGGCAGGACACACAUUACUCCCCCCACCAGACGGCGCCAUACUCGCAGCCCUACCCACCCGUCCACUUCCGGCCGAUGUACCCCGAAGACAACGCGAUGGCUGCUGCUGCUGCACGCAGUCAGUGGGGCCACUGGCAAACUGCGCUCUACGACGACAGCGAAUGGCAGUUGCCUGCAACGGGCGACUUCCGCGAUAUCUUCGCCAGCACUGAACUGCCCUACCUUGGCGAAUCGUCGAGCGCCAGUUCCCCCAGUUCUUCGAACUACCUCCCUUCUCCGCUCCCCGACCUCCGCGUUCUCGCGCUCCCGUCUUCCCCAUCAGCCUCCGCUACUAGUUCCCCUCCGCCACGGCGAUCCAGCACGGAUUCGACGGCAUCGACCAAGUCGGGGAAGGUCUGUGCCCAUUGUGCGGCCACCUCUACGCCCCUUUGGCGCCGAGACCCGGCCACCCACCGCCCGCUCUGCAACGCCUGCGGGCUCUACCUCCAGCAGCGCAACAAGAUGCGGCCCGCGGCGCUGAUCGCCGCUGACCAACGCUCAGACGAGGAGGACGGCGCGGGCCUGGACGGAUCGGAGCCCACGUGCUCGCACUGCCAGACGCGCAAGACGAGCGUGUGGCGACGGAGCAAGACGGGCCAGCGCGUGUGCAAUGCGUGUGGGGUGUACCAGCGGCUGAGGGGGCGCGACCGGCCGUUGAACUUGCGCAGGAACAAGAUUCGCCCGCGGUGUAAGCAUCCGCUGCCGAAGUAG